AUUGAAGUGAAUAUUAUAGCAAGCAAGUCGUCGCUGUCCCUGUCGCCGUGAAGAUGGUCAAAGUAUACAAACCAGGAAAAGUCGCGCUCAUCCUUCAAGGUCGCCAAGCUGGCAAGAAAGUCGUAGUAAUCAAGCAAAUGGAUGAGGGAACCAAGGAGCGACCAUACCCCCAUGCCAUCGUUGCCGGUAUUGAGCGGUACCCACGGAAAGUGACGCGGAGCAUGGGUGCCAAAAAGGUGGCAAAGCGAAGCAAGGUCAAGCCUUUUAUCAAGGUUGUCAACUACUCUCACCUUUUCCCCACACGAUAUGCUUUGGAGUUGGAGGGUUUGAAAGGUUCGGUUGCGGCGGAAACUUUCAAGGAGCCUUCGCAGCGAGAGGAUUCCAGGAAGACCAUCAAGAAGUUGCUCGAGGAGCGUUACACGAGCGGAAAGAACAAGUGGUUCUUCCAACCCCUACGUUUCUGAGUGUUGUCCAUUCUACCAUAUCAUUGGAAGAGCUUAUCAAAACUACAUGUACAUCACAUGUUCUUACAUGACGCAUGCCACACUGCAAUUUCCAUGAUUUAUUGCUC